AGCUCUCCCACGACUCUCAACACACACCGCAUAUCCACGUCGUGAGCGAUCAUUGUCCGAAUCAUCAUCCAAUCGAACACGUACACACAAUUCUGAAUAGUCAUGCCGCCUAAAGCUGAUUGGGAAAAGUAUCGGGCACCGGUCGAGGACUCGGAUCAAAAGGAAGAGAAGAUCCAGCCGUUAUCUGAGGAUGAUAUUGCGGUUCUGAAGACUUAUGGUGUUGCACCGUAUGCAACUCUACUGAAGAAGCUGGAGAAGGAUAUCAAAGAUGUUCAAGCGCGCGUGAACGAGAAGAUUGGUGUCAAGGAAUCCGACACGGGUCUUGCGCCACCUCAUCUGUGGGAUAUUGCCGCUGACCGCCAGCGCAUGUCUGAGGAUCAGCCGUUGCAGGUUGCACGAUGCACAAAGAUUAUCAAGACUGCUGAUGAUCCCGACAAGUCGAAAUAUGUCAUUAACGUCAAGCAGCUUGCGAAGUUUGUGGUGAGCCUAGGAGAGCGUGUGAGUCCUACCGAUAUUGAGGAGGGCAUGAGAGUUGGUGUGGAUCGAAACAAAUACCAGAUUCAGCUUCCCUUGCCACCAAGAAUCGAUCCGUCGGUGACGAUGAUGACGGUCGAAGAGAAGCCGGAUGUGACUUAUGGCGAUGUGGGAGGAUGCAAGGAGCAGAUUGAGAAGCUACGUGAGGUUGUUGAGCUGCCUUUGCUGUCUCCCGAACGAUUUGUGAAUCUCGGUAUUGACCCUCCUAAGGGUAUUUUACUCUACGGUCCUCCGGGAACGGGAAAGACUUUGUGUGCUCGUGCAGUUGCGAACCGAACUGAUGCUACGUUUAUUCGAGUGAUUGGAUCGGAGUUGGUGCAGAAGUACGUUGGAGAAGGAGCGCGAAUGGUGCGAGAGCUGUUUGAGAUGGCGCGUACAAAGAAAGCGUGCAUUAUCUUUUUCGACGAGGUCGAUGCUAUCGGAGGAGCUCGAUUCGACGAUGGUGCGGGAGGAGACAAUGAGGUUCAGCGUACUAUGCUUGAGCUUAUCACUCAGUUGGAUGGAUUUGAUCCUCGUGGAAAUAUCAAGGUUAUGUUUGCGACUAACCGACCGAAUACGUUGGAUCCUGCGCUUUUGCGACCUGGUAGAAUUGAUCGAAAGGUUGAGUUCAGUUUGCCAGAUUUGGAAGGACGAGCAAAUAUUUUGCGGAUUCACGCCAAGUCGAUGUCAGUUGACCGAGAUAUUCGAUGGGAGUUGAUUUCGAGACUGUGCCCGAACUCGACUGGAGCGGAGCUGCGGUCGGUGUGCACGGAGGCAGGAAUGUUUGCCAUUCGAGCCCGACGGAAGGUGACGACGGAGAAGGAUUUUUUGGCGUCAGUGGAGAAGGUUAUUAAGAGCAAUCUGAAGUUUAGCAGCACAUCGCAGUACAUGCAGUACAAUUAGUGCGAUUAGCUUAGUGUUAAUAUACUACUAAAUACCUCUA